AUGGGUCGCAAAAGCAACACGACGAAGUUUCCGGUGGCUAGGAUAAAGAAGAUUAUGCAGUCUGAUGAAGAGGUUGGUAAAGUGGCUGCUGCUACACCUGUUGCUGUAUCCAAGGCUUUGGAACUCUUCAUGGCAGAAUUGCUGGGAACAGCAGUGACGGAAGCGAGGAGCAGAGGUUCGAAAAGGGUCUUGCCUGGUCAUUUGAAAGCGGCAGUGCAAGCGAACGAGCGAUUAGAUUUCUGCAAGGACAUUUGCGCCAGCGCACCGGAC